GGUCCGCGGCCGCGGUUUGCGCCCCAAUACUGGCGCGAUUUUCACCGCGCUUCCACGCGAAACGUUACGCGGACGCGCGCGUUCUCAAACAUAUUCGCAACUCGCAGAACGCGAAACGACAGCAUGCUACCAUUUUGAAAUUGGAAACGGGAGGUUCCAAAUUUGAAAAUUUCGUGUGUGUGCCGAAUUGUGCUAACUCGCAUCGACUGCCUCUACUCGUGUUACAUUGACUAGUUCCGUACACUUUACGUGAACAGUGUAAUUGAAUUAGUAUUCAUGUGCACACCUACGUAAAUUUCUCAAUCAAAUAUGAUGGAUGCUAACAAAUUUUAACCGAUAGACUUAUUUGCAUCGAUAGCUAAUUAAAAUCGAUUAGAUAGCGACACUAGUGAGUCAGUUUACCUACAUUGAUGGGUAAAUCGAUUUGUAGAUAUUUAGGAAGAUGAUGUCGAGCAUUCCGUCGGUAGAGAUAGAGGGACGUUUGUGAAGGUUUGAAAUGCCAUCGAGUAGAUGAAAUGAAGACGUCGCUCGAAUGCGACAGGGCCGAGGCCGCCGAAAACGGCGGGAAAGGCCGUAUAUCGUUUAGCGUUGACUCACUGCUAGGAGGAAAGACUGAUGCACCGGCGAAGGAUGCUAGUAUCACGGACGCGAAUAGUAACGAUGCGGAGAGUACCGACGCGGCUCCGGAGACGGACGAUAGUGACGUGGAUAUUGAGGAUGUGGAAUCUAAUGCUGGGGACGAGAGGGACGAGCGUGAGAUGGCGCACGAUGGGGACGAGAUGGAAGGCAGGAGCGGCGUGGUGGUCCCGCAGCCGCUGUUGCCGCGGCUCUACCAGGGGCCGGCGCCUCCGCACACCUGGCCAUUCGGCGCUUUUCCUUGGAUAGCGCCGAAUCCUAUGUUUAGAGGUGGCUCUCCUAAUAUAUGUUUCUCCUCAGCGGGAGCUCCAAGCGGUCCACCAGUGGUACGAUGCCAACUCCGAAAGCACAAGCCCAACAGGAAACCACGGACACCGUUCACCACGCAGCAACUCCUCGCCCUUGAGAAGAAGUUCAGGGACAAACAGUACCUGAGCAUAGCAGAAAGGGCUGAAUUUUCCUCCUCGCUGAGGUUAACUGAAACACAGGUUAAAAUAUGGUUUCAAAACAGACGCGCGAAAGCGAAACGUUUGCAAGAAGCCGAGAUCGAGAAACUGCGAUUAUCGGCCAGACCUCUAUUGCCUCCGUCCUUUGCCCUCUUCGGUGGUGGAGGCGCGCCCCCUCUCUUCGCCGCUAUGGCAGCGGCCACUAGACCACAGUUGAGCUUCUUAGGAGGCCCCCCGAGUCAUCAACACGCUAUAAACAUGAACAUAUUGAACUCGUUACAACCCCAUUGACGACUGGAACACGCGGGGACGCGUGAAACCCCUGAACAACCGGCUUCAUCCUAGCUGGAACACGGGUUGAUCCCGUCAGUUAUCGAAAUUCAAAUUUAUAACUAGUGAAAUGAUUAUAAACUCAUUAUAAUGAUUAAAUGAAUAAAAAGCAGGCUGUUAAAUAAAUUUUAUUUAUAGAAACAUUUAAAAAAGGAUAAAGCGAAUAAUGGUGUGUAUAAAUAAUUACUAUUCUUGAUUCAAAAUAUUGUUUUUACUAAAAGAAAUGUUCUAGUUCAAGUGAUUUGUUUUAAUAGAGAUCAGUGACUGUAUAAAAUAAAAUAUAAUUAUAGUUAAUAAUGUAUAAUAUCCUGAUAAGUUCUGUGUAGCUAAUUUAGUACAGUACAUAGUGCUUUUUACAAUUUUGAAACAAUAAGUGCAAUUUCUUAUAUAAUUAAGUAAAGUAAAUGAAAAAUCAAUAAAAUGCUCGCUAGUAUGAUAACAGUUUGAACUAGUGUUGAAAAUAUGUGUCAAUCAUCAGUAUACUACUAAUGUUUUAUUAGUGGCCAGAAAUCAAAAUACCUAUUCGGGUAUUUAUGUAUAAAAAUGUAACAUAAAACUAAUUAUAUAUGUUUCUUUCCAUUUUUGUAUAGUAUCACCUAUCCCUUGUUCUUAAAAUCGAAUACUCGUGUGUUUUGUCACUCUCUCUCAAAUUCAAAAACUUGCUAGAUAAAACUGGACAAUGUUUUAUAUAACUAAAAUAAAAUAAAUACUUAUUUAACGAUUGAGAUUUUAUGAAUAAGGAAGUGAAAAUUAGUAGACAUUUUAUUGAUUUAUUAUAGUAUUUUUUUAAUAUUUCCAUAUGGCAGCCCUUUAACCACAUUGGAAAUUUAAUAAUGUUAUACGAUAUUAUAGAAACGUUUUUUGUAUAUCAUCACACACGUGUCAUAAAGUAAUAUAAAUUGCCAGGCCAUUUCUUACAUACAAUAUAAUUCUUUAAUAAUUUCUACACCUACAACUUAGCAAAUACCUGCAAAUAUAGGUAAUAUUACUUCAUAAGUAUAAUAUAGGCAUUCAUGGAAAGCACACUUCCGGACAAUAGAGUUUGAGUAAACUUUCAUUAUUGUAAAACACGGUCUUUUUUAUUUUUCUUAGUUUGCACCAUAUUUUUUUUCUUUAUUCUAUAAUAUUACAGAAAAAACAUUACUUUAACAUACUUUCAUUAGUGCUAAACGUUUCAUGCAUAUAAUAUUUACAAUACUCAUAAUUAAUGGUAUUAAUUUAAUAUAAUAUUAAAAACAAUACAUUUUCACAGAUCUGAUUUAAAGUACUACUACCGCUGUUGAUGAAUGUAAAAAAGCUAUGUAUAUACAUAUUAGUAUCGUAAUUAAAUUAUUGUAUACGUAAGUUUAAGUGUAGAUGACUCUCAAUAAACUAUUAGAUUUUUUAAUACAAAUUAUUGUGAAAUAGUUAAGUAUAUUACGUAUUAAUGUGUUAUUUUUUUAUUUGUUUACAAUUUAAUUCUUUUGAACUUUUGAAUUACGAAAUAUUGUUUUGUUUUACAAAAAAUCUUAAAACACAUUUUAAAUCUGUAUUUGGGAUAUUUUGAACAUAGAGAACAUUUAUGUAAUAAAUAUAAGAAUGACUUGGCGCAUUUGUAAAUUAUUGAUUAAAUUAUAAAUUCGUUAUUAGUACACUUAUGAUGUUUUAAUUCUCUAUAAAAUAAUAUUGGCAUAUGUAGGCUUUGCAUCACUACCUAAUACAGGAGUGAUGACUUCUUGAACUAAACACAAAAUUAG